CCCUUCAACUCCCCCUCACUUACUAUGGCGGCUGGACUGAGCGGGAUGUUUGGGAAUCAGGGCCCGGUCCCUCCCCCGCCACCUCCCCCGCCACCUCCUCCGGUGGCCCCCGGCGGCCCCGGCCCCGCGGGGCUCCUCCCGCCGAAUCUCUCGGGUCCGCGAAACCCCAUCGGUACCCUCGUGGAUGAUCUGGAAGCGUCUUUCGAGGCUUGCUUUGCUUCUCUUGUAAGCCAAGAUUAUGUAAAUGGUACAGAUCAAGAAGAAAUUAGAACUGGUGUUGAUCAAUGUAUCCAGAAAUUUUUAGACGUUGCACGACAAACAGAAUGCUUUUUCCUACAGAAAAGGCUACAAUUAUCUGUCCAGAAACCAGACCAAGUAAUUAAGGAGGAUGUUUCAGAGCUCAGAAAUGAAUUGCAGCGGAAAGAAACACUAAUUCAGAAGCACUUGGGAAAACUUCGUCACUGGCAACAAGUUCUAGAAGAUAUUAAUAUCCAGCAGAAAAAACCUGCUGAAAUGCCUCAAGGACCUCUAGCGUAUCUAGAACAGGCUUCAGCCAAUAUUCCUGCACCCCUGAAGCAAACAUGAGAAGAAACUUCAUAAUUUUGUACCUUUUCUAUUGAAAAAUAUGUGGUUUUUGAAAAAAUGGACGGCAAGGAGCCUAACAUAAAUGGGGAGACUACAGCUGUCAUUACGUGGAUCAGAAUGUAUGGUUUUUAAAUCCAUCCAUCACCUGCAAACUGAACAUUUUCUCCCCGUCUUUGGGGAUGUUACAUUUUCUUUUAAGGAGCAAGAACUGUCUAUUGCAUGAUCUUCCUCAUGACGCCUGAACCUUUACAAGUGUGCUCUUGUGCUCAAGAGGGAGAGAGAUAUAACUAUGGCAUAAAAUACUGGCUGGAAUGCAGAAAGGGUUAUUUUGAGUCUGUCUGCAGUCAGCUUUUUAAUACUUCCCUUUUGAAACAUAGUUUCUGUCAUACAGAGAUUUCAGAUCAGGCAGGAAAUAAGCAAAGGCUUGAUGCGCCAUGAAAAUUAAAUGUGUGUAAAACCACCUUUCAUCUCUCUCCUUAGAGAAUUAUCACAGUGGUUAUGCUACUACUUUGCUUCAUGGCAUGCUAUAUUAAACAAACAGUCCUAUAGAAAAUGCUCGUUUUUGUGUAUUGUCUCUGCCGUCUAAGGGAAAUAGCACAGUAGUGUUACUUCUUUUUCCCAAGCCCAAAUCAGUGCCUGCUGUUUCAGCUUCCUACCUGUUUUACUUCUGUGAAUCCAGUUACGCCUUUAUCUUUGGAUUUUGGAAUCAGGUUGCUUUUAAUUUCCAUGGCACAGUUCCAACUUCUGGUUCUGUGCUUCAAAGUUCUUGUAAUAAAUAAUACAGUGUGAAAAGAACACCUGCCAACAAGAAGUAUGUCUGAUUUGCUUUAGCUACACAUACAAAGCAAAAAUUACUUUCUGAACACAGUGUUUGAGUUGGGCAGUUGUAUACUUCAAAUAAAUAAAA